AUGGGCUACUACUACUACUACUACUACUACUACUACUACUACUACUACUACUACUACUACUACUACUACUACUACUACUACUACUACUACCACUCUCUUGAAAAUACAGUCCGAAAACAGGCACCAGUGAGUAGGCGGUAGUGUCUUCGAAACUUCGGCUCGGCAACGAAGUCUUUCCAACCCAGUAUUCCUGCUAUAUACGUUAAGAAUUGUGCGUGAGAAAGACUAUCGGGUGCCAUUUGGGUCAUGAGGAAAAAAGACUUUGCUUGGAGAAGGCAGGGCCAGAUCACGGGAAUCACGUGAGCGGCAAAGUCCAGAGCAAGGAUCUUGGAAAGAGCCAGGCUCUUACGGGCUUCGAAGUCAAAAAAUAAGUCAAAAAGACGGCUUAUACAGACUUCUGGUGCAGAAUAACUAGACCAACUUGUUGGAAAUAUAAAAUAUAUCCAGAACAAACUUGAUAACUUGCGGCGUUGACAACUGGGUCACCUUGCAGACAACAGAAAGGAAACUACUCAUGCGUAAGUGGACUUCCCAUGUCUUGCCCAGGGGCACGGUCCUUAGCGCAACGCAGGACAGUAUGAAAACGCGCCUACUGUUAAGAGGAAGUCAAACGACCUACCCCUGGUUUAAAACCCGUGUUUCUGGACCGGAGAGUCGAUUUAGGUACGUGGGCAGGUAGAAGGCCGUGACAUGACGUCAGGCACCCUGAGGUAGUGCACCGUAGGACGACUUGAAACGGCAUCGAAGGCAUCGAGCACCAGGUGAAAAAUAAUGACAUAGUUGUCUGGCAAGCGUACUUGACGUUUACUGCGCAUGAUGCCUGGGGGAAGAGAAAUCUGAUCGAAUGAAGGCGGCAGAGCCUGAAAGAAUUAUGCGGCUGGAAGAGACACGCAGAGGAAGACGUAGAAUAACGGAGAGGGAUGGAGACCGCGGGAAGAAUCCGGAUCAGUAUCCAGCAUUAAGACUCUCCACAUCCGCGUCGCGAGUACCGAGCUGGAUCCAGAACACCCUUUCCCAUCAAGGGUCAACCAAGAAGGGGCUGUCGUAGGCUAGUGCCAGUGGCCGGCGCACUUGACCACACUGGAGAGAGAUGUGUGCACGUGUGACCGAGUCCGUUCCCGGCAGAACCGAAGACAGCAUCCAAAUAAGAUGCUGUGCAGGGGGUUAGCGGGGUCUCCGUUGGCACCACGAGUGAUUGGGGAAAUCAGUUCGCCAGGGGAUCGAAUAAUGCAGACAAACAAAAGUCCAAAGGCUGAACAGUUAUGACCCGAUGUAAGAACUCGGCGGAUGCCCAGCAGGAGCCUUGACAGGUAAUCAUUUGAGAUCUCGAAAAGUCACAAAGAGUGGGGAAGUCUCACUUUGGAGGUGGAAUCACUUGGCCGUUCAGUUUGCAGUCGGGUGAUGGACUGUUGUCCGAACCCGGUUACAAUUCCAGAAGGUAAAAAGGCGCUGAAGGGAAUGAGACACUGUCUGUGCCCCUAAAAAGGGUCACGCCAAGAUGCGCUGGAACAAAACAGGGGCCAGAUCGGAGUCUGGCAGGCGUUAUUGGGAGUGCACACCCCUAGUAAAUGCCAAUAUUUGGGGUGUGACGGCAGGCCCAGUCGCAGGUUCACGCUGCGCCAACUGGGAUCCGAGCAGCCACCCCCUUUUUGUUGUUGUCUAAAACCCUGGUCAAGUGUUGAUUCUGGACCAGAGAUGUAGUAGUACGCCUAGGUGCGAGUCUGGCCGUGCCAGCCACCUGCGCUCUCUUCAACCUCCGGUCUUCUUGACUAUGGCUUGACACCGAGCCCAUAAUCGAAGGCAGUUUCCGUCAUGAUAUGCUGCGAAAGUUUCCACGCGAAGUCUUUUACUAGUAUCCGGACACGGCUUUGAGUAGUACAGAAUGUGGACUAGAGUUAUGCCUAUAUUUUAUGUUAAUUUUUAAUACAGGCAGUUGGCAGAUGCUUGAUUUCUUGCCUAAAAUAAGGCCCUUUUUCAUGUCCCGAAAUGUGAGUGUUCUGGCGUCUGCACCGAGCUAUCACGAUCAAAUGUGUUGCAAUUCUCACCUGCGACAACGUACAGGUCAGCUGAACGUUUAACUACAUUCAUUCAUCUGUGUGCACUUGAUUUUAUGCGUGACAUUUUAUGCAUUCCAGGGCAAAUACCAGAUGCGUCCAGUAACAGGUUUCCUUUAUUGGAUGAUAGCUACUUUCCUUUCUCCAUCUCAGUUAUGCGAUUGCCAGCCUUAAACAAGUGCCUCGCACGUGUACGCCAGACCCACAUAUUUUAGCCCGAAUUAUAUUCUUUAUACGAGUAAGUGAAUCUGGACUUUUCCUAAGGAACUUACAUCUAUAUCAGGUAAACAAUUUUAAAUUUGAUUUUCUUUGCUUUUAUCCCUGAAACCUCCGAGGAUCUUUUCCUGUUGUAAUUAUUAAACCCAAAGGUACAAUCUGGCCAUUCAUCCUGACGUAGAGUGCGGAGGAAGCUCGGGAGAAAGCAACAAUUAUACAAAGAGCAAACUGUUAACCCUGAUGAUUAAGGGUAGGGCCCUGCAACCCUUCAUCUUAUAAUCCACUUAUUAAUUUAAGCCGCCACAACUUCCUCUGUGUGAGGUUGUUUAUUCAGAUCAAGAUCAAGCUUCGAAAUGGCCGCGGAGCAGGUGCUCUGCCAAAACUUGCGUCAAAAACUCCCUAAAGUUCCCUUUUCAUUUCAAGCGCGCAGAUUUUAUCACCCCGACCCUCGUCGUUAGGUUCCACUUUCGUUUUGCGCAAACUCCUUUAAAACGAACGGCCCGACAUGAUAUGCUAUUAAUUUCAUAUUAGGGGAAUGACAGCAGCCUACGAGACAAGUUUUGUCAGCGCGGAAAUCGCCCGGCUGACAGCUAAGCGAGAGUACGCCGCGCACGAGGUCUACUUUGCAGGCAGGCAUGCAACUAGUAUGUCAGCUGUUGUCUGCCUGCAGCCCCUCUGGCCAAUGAGAUACGAACCGCCGGCCAACCAAUGAGAACAGGCAGGCGACAGGGGGCGGCAGUGGCCGACAGCCAGCGAAGUGAGCGUUACUUGCACGCGUACCCGCUCGCUGCCCAGGUCUCCAGACGGGUCGGUCUUUGUUGGAGGCUGUUUCCGCGGCCACAGCUACUAAUACAGGAUUAUAUUCGCCGGACAAAUUCUCAAGUGCUGCUAUGGCCUUCACAAUGCGCGACUUCAGAUCACUCGGUCCGCCAGUCCCCAGUCGACGUUGCUCCAGUGGAAAUGCGGGUGGCAACUGCGACACAGACGAGGACGCCUGUCCACCGGAGCCCCUAUUGCCCUACCGCAAUUCCACAACGCCGCAAAACCUCACCGCCCGUCUGAAGAAAUCGGAAACUCUGCCUUCUGAGGGUUGGCAGACGGUUCAGUGGUUGAGGCGGAAACCCAGCGGGUGCAGUCUCCGACCCAGUGAGGUGUCGACCUUGGUGCAGAAGGACUCUCGCGGGUGCGAUCGCGAGGUGAACCGCCAAGCACAACAACCCUCCCCGCCGUCAGGGCCACUUGAACCACCCAAACCUAUGGCUCGCUUGGCAUACCUGAAGAUAGAGGACCCCAAGCUGGUGGCGGGCUUGAAUUACACCAGCCUGCCACCGCCAUUGCCCCCGAAGAGAACCUCAUCUCGGCCGGCGGAAUACCACUGUCUCACUGAGGACUCCCCUCCUUUGCGGGUCGUCCAGAGGCCAGCGGCCCACGAGCUGGACGGUUUUGUGAUGCGAGACCCGCGACAACGCGGCAGCAGCUCGACUACGUCCAACACCCCCGUGAACGAGUCUGACUGCAGUUCCGACUCCUCCUCAUCUAACGACACUGAUCUAUCCGCUGCCCUACAGAAGAUCAGUCUUCGCCUAAACCAACUGCAGGUGGAGAAGAGUCCGGUCUUGGGUCACUACUCGGCCCUCUAUCGAUUAGAUGAGACCGCCUGGCGAAAUCAGAAUUCCUCCUCCACCGCCGCCGCUGCCAAUCCCCAGUCCUGGACCAGUGCCUCCCCCCACGGGACACCGCCGUACCUGCCGCGUCUACAUACCGUAAACUCUCGCCCUCGUCGCUGCGCUUACAUGAAUCUGAGCGGAUGA